AUGACCACAGUGGACAUGACCUCUGUAGGUUCUGGCAAUGACCCCUUUACAAAUACCGUGCAGGUCCUCAUCUCCUCAGUGGGCAUCUCAAGCACAGCCGCUCCUGAGCAUCCUACAACUGUUCAAACAACAUCUUCUACCAAUGACACCAAAAUAUCAAACCCUGCAAGUUCCACAGACUCCCCCAGCAGUGCCGUCGGCUCCACACUAACCACAGCAGAAGAAUCUACCUCCCACGCAUUGCUCACGACCACUGCUGCGACCUCUUCAGAAACCAGUCCUUCCCAACCAAUGACGACCGACGCCUUCACUCACAAGCCUACCUCUGCAGCGUCCCCAUCCAGCAAUGCUGAACCAGCAACACUCCCGCUGUCUACACCCACCAGCUCUGUCACCACCCAGGGAAACCCAGGAGACGUCUCAGAAACUGUCAGUAGCACCACCACCUUUGACGUCUCUGCAACAGCAGGCCGAGCAACACAGUCCAUGCCACUCUCUACCAGCACCUCCCCUCAAGAAUCAUCGGCUGAUUCCCACACAGAUGACACUCAAACCACACAGACCACCCAAGUAUCCCCGACCAUGAGCUCAGUCUCCCCCAUGGCUGACACAAUCAAGACAGUCACAACUGCAACUUCUUUAUUCAUACCAAGACGUCACUCAUCCUCAGUAAGUGUUCCUCAGCAUGCAUCCUCCACAGGUUCUGGCAAUGACCCCUUUACAAAUACCAUGCAGGUCCUCAUCUCCUCAGUGGGCAUCUCAAGCACAGCCGCUCCUGAGCAUCCUACAACUGUUCAAACAACAUCUUCUACCAACGACACCAAAAUAUCAAACCCUGUAAGUUCCACAGACUCCCCCAGCAGUGCCGUCGGCUCCACACUAACCACAGCAGAAGAAUCUACCUCCCACGCAUUGCUCACGACCACUGCUGCGACCUCUUCAGAAACCAGUCCUUCCCAACCAAUGACGACCGACGCCCUCACUCACAAGCCUACCUCUGCAGCGUCCCCAUCCAGCAAUGCUGAACCAGCAACACUCCCGCUGUCUACACCCACCAGCUCUGUCACCACCCAGGGAAACCCAGGAGAUGUCUCAGAAACUGUCAGUAGCACCACCACCUUUGACGUCUCUGCAACAGCAGGCCGAGCAACACAGUCCAUGCCACUCUCUACCAGCACCUCCCCUCAAGAAUCAUCGGCUGAUUCCCACACAGAUGACACACAAACCACACAGACCACCCAAGUAUCCCCGACCACGAGCUCAGUCUCCCCCAUGGCUGACACAAUCAAGACAGUCACAACUGCAACUUCUUUAUUCAUACCGAGUCGUCACUCAUCCUCAGAAAGUGUUCCUCAGCAUGCAUCCUCCACAGGUGAGGUGACAACCUUCACCCCAGCACCCUCCAGGGACAGUCACACAACCCAGGCUACAACCACAGAAGUGUGGGCAACACCAACCAACCCGGACACUUUACUGAGGACCUCAGGAGCCACAGAACUUUUCAUAACAAGCACCAUGCCUCAGGCCACCUCCAAAGCCUCAACAUCGGGGGGCCCAGGAGGACAAUCGACGUGGCCUCCUGCCAGCACCUCACCUGCCACAACACCAGCCAUUUCCCAAACCCGUCAGUCUCAAGGCACAGAAACCACUGGAGACCUGCACACCACCAAACUUGGCUCCUCGGUGUCAGACACCACCCCAGCAGGCACAGCCACCAGCAUCUCACCCAGAGCAAGUGGCAGAACAACUUCAGCAAGUGCUUCUCCAGAAACAUCCACCUCGGGUAAGAUCACAAGCUUCUCACCAACUUUCUCCACUAACAGCCACACAACUCAGUCAACAACUGAAUUGUUGUCCACUGCAGCCAGUCCUGACACUACUCCAGAAACUACGGGAAGAGUGUCUGUUACUGUCUCUAGCACCUUUUCUCCCACCAUCUCUGAUGAGACUACAGGGAGACCUCCAGGACUGUCAACCCAAUCUUCUUCCAGCACCUCUCCUCGGGAAGUGUCAGCCAUUUCCCACACAGCUCAGACCCAAAGUACAGCAACCACCAGAGGACCUGAAACCAUCAGUGUGGUCUCCCAGGCGACUGACACCUUGGCAACUGUUCCAUCCCCACCUCCUUCAUUCACACCACAGGAACACACAUCUACACAAACAAAAGCCCACACUCUGUCACCUUCGGCUACCAGCAUAAACCUUAUUUCUACUCCAGUCAGCACAGACACCAGCAUCUCACCAUCCACAGCAACCUCAGGCUCCACUGUGAAGACUGAGACAUCAGGAAUGAUCACAGCCUCACUGAGGACAGACAGCAUGAGAAGCACAGCAACAUCACUGUCCUCAACAACCUCCCAGACUCUUGUAACCUCCACUCCCAGCGCAUCCACAGGUACCUGCUCAACAACUCCCUUCAUUUCUAUAAAUCCUGAUAAAUGAGUUUCCCUCUUCCCCUACGGGCCAAGCAGUGGAGACCUAGAGUUUGUCAGGAGGACCGUGGACUUUACCUCGCAACUCUUCAAGCCCCAGAUUGGCUUCCCCCUCGGCUCCUCUCUCCGGGAUUCCCUCUACUUUACAGAUAAUGGCCAGAUCAUUUUCCCUGAGUCAGACUACCAGAUUUUCUCCUACCCUAACCCACCCCAAGGAGGCUUCACAGGCCAGGACACUGUGGCCCUGGUGGCUCCAUUCUGGGAUGAUGCUGAUUUCUCCAGCCGAAGGGGAACCAUAUUUUACCAGGAAUAUGAGACACUCUAUGAUGAAUACAGCCCUCUAGUCCAGAAGGUGGAGUCUUGGAUUGAAAAGUUCACAAACACCUGGAGCUACAAAGCCAGGUGGACCCUAAAAGUCACAUGGGUCAAUGCCCCUGCCUAUCCUGCUCAGUGGACCUUUGGGACCAACACCUACCAGGCCAUCCUCUCCACGGAUGGGAGCAAGUCCUUCACCCUGUUUCUCUACCAGAGUGGUGGCAUGCAGUGGGAUGUGACACAGCACCCAGGCAACUCGGUCCUCAUGGGCUUCUCCAGUGGAGAUGGGUAUUACAAAAACAGCCCACUGACAUUCCGGCCAGAGUGGGAGAAGUAUCGUCCGGACCGAUUCCUGGAUUCCAACUCAGGCCUCCAGGGUUUGCAGGUCUACAGGCUACACAGGGUAGAAAGGCCCAACUACCGUCUCAAGUGCCUGCAGUGGUUGAAAAGUCAGCCUCAGUGGCCCAGCUGGGGCUGGAACCAGAUCUCCUGCCCUUGCUCCUGGCAGCAGGGACGAUGGGACUUACGAUUCCAGCCUGUCAGCAUAGGCUGGUGGAGCCAGGGCAGCAGGCAGCUGUGCAGCUUCUCCUCCUGGCGAGGAGGCGUGUGCUGCAGCUACGGGCUCUGGGGAGAGCUUCUCGAAGGCUGGAGAGUGUGGAGUCCUUGGCCGUUUGACUGGAAACUGGAGCCGCAGAACUGGUGCUGCCGCUGGAACGACAAGCCCUUCUUCUGUGCCCUGUACCAGCAAAGGCGGCCCCGCAUCGGCUGUGGUGGAUACAGGCCCCCACGGCCUGCCUGGAUGUUUGGGGACCCCCACAUCACCACCUUGGAUGGUGCCAAUUACACCUUCAAUGGGCUGGGGGACUUCCUGCUGGUCCAGGCCAAGGACGGAAACUCCUCCUUCCUGCUGCAGGGCCGCACUGCCCACACUGGCUCAGCCCAGGCCACCAACUUCAUUGCCUUUGCUGCUCAGUACAACUCCAGCAGACUGGACCCCAUCACAGUUCAAUGGCUCCUUGAGCCCAGUGACACAAUCCAUGUUCUGCUCAAUAACCAGACUGUGAUAUUUGAGACUAACCGUGAAGACACAGAAGGCCAGGAGAUAUUCAACACCACCGGAGUCAUACUGACCCGCAACGGCUCCCUGGUCUCAGCCAGCUUCGAUGGGACGGUGACCAUCUCAGUGAUUGCUCUCUCCAACAUCCUGCAGGUCUCCUCCAGCCUCCCAGAGGAAUACCAAAACCACACAGAAGGCCUCCUGGGGGUCUGGAAUGACAAUCCCGAAGACGACUUUAAGAUGCCAAAUGGCUCCACCAUUUCCCGAAAGAGCUCUGAGGAGACGCUUUUUCAUUAUGGAAUGACCUGGAAGAUCAAUGGAACAGGCCUCCUUGGCAAGAGGAAUGACCAUGUGCCUUCCAACUUCACCCCCGUCUUCCUUUCCCAACUGCUGAAAAACAACUCGGAUGCAGAUUUGGUCUCUGACUGUAAAGGAGAUACACAAUGUGUCUAUGACACCCUGGCCACACGCAACUCAAGCACCGGACUUCACACUAGGAUGCUCUUUAGAAGAUACCAGCAGAUGAAUGCCACCCUCAAUGAGUACCCACCCUCUAUCAAUGGCAGUCAUGUGGUUAAAGCCUACAAGGGGCAGACCACGCUGAUUCAUUACACCAGCAAUUUUGAGAACGUCACAUUCACUCUCAGAAACAACUGUACUGACUUUAAGCUCUUUGAGAAUGGGACAUUGCUAUGGACACCAAAGUCACUGGAACCAUUCACUCUGGAGAUUCUAGCAAGAAAUGCCAGGGUUGGCUUGUCAUCUGUGCUCCAGCCCAAGACUGUGGUCUGCACUUGCAGUGCAGAGAGCCAGUGUUUAUACAACCUGACCAGCUGGGUGGGCAAUUCCUCCCUUGAGGUGGCCGACUGCAAGUGUGAUGGGGACACUUUCGGCCGCUACUGUGAACGUUCCAAGGAUGGCUGUGAGGAGGACUGCUUCCCAAAUGUGACCUGCAUUCCUCGGAAAGGCUGCGAGGCCUGCCCCCUGAAUAUGACUGGGGAUGGUCGUCACUGUGCAGCUCUGGAGAACUCUUACCGCUGUCAGAACCAGUCCUGCCCUGUGAACUACUGCUACAACCAAGGCCACUGCUACAUCUCCCGGCCUCCAGGCUGCCAGCCCACAUGCACCUGUCCCCCAGCCUUCACUGACACCCGCUGCUUCCUUGCUGGAAACAAUUUCACUCCAACCAUCUGUCAAGAGCUUCCCUUAAGAAUCGUCCAACUCUCGCUCAGUGAAGAAGAAAACGCCUCUGCAGCAGAGGUCAAUGCCUCGGUAGCAUAUAUACUGGGGACCCUGGACAUGCGGGCCUUUCUUUGGAACAGCCAAGUGGAACAAAUCCAUUUCCCAGCGCCGGCCUCAGGAAGCUCCAUUCAACACUGGAAGGUCAUCUCGGAGUUCCAGUACCGCCCUCGGGGCCCUGUCAUCCACUUCCUGAACAACCGGCUGCUGGACGCCAUGGUGGAGGCCUUCUUAUUCCAGGCUCCGAGAAGGAGGGGGAGGACAAGUGAGGGGCCCAGGAACAACGUGGUCUUCUACCCCAUCUCCAGGGGAGACGUGCAUGAUGUGAUGGCUCUGAACAUAAGCUCACUGGAGACUUACUUUGAAUGCAAUGGCUACAAGGGCUACCACCUGGUCUAUGACCCCCAGAGUGGCUUCACCUGCGUGUCCCCGUGCAGCGAGGGCUACUGUCACCACGGAGGCCAGUGCCAGCACCUACCUGAUGGGCCACGCUGCAGCUGUGUGUCCUUCUCCAUCUACACGCCCUGGGGCGAGCACUGUGAGCACCUGAGCGUGAAACUCGGCCCGUUCUUUGGGAUCCUCUUUGGGGCCCUGGGCGCCCUCUUGCUGCUGGGGGUCGUGGUGUCUGUGGUCCUGCGCUUCUGGCGCCGCUCCGGGACCAGGUGCCUCCUGGACUAG